AUGGCAGGCUUCGUCAACCGUGAGAAUCGCGUGCCCCAUUACCAACGACUUUUCCAGAAGAACGACGGCCUGCGGCAAUGGUGGAAGACGCCCAGGAGCAAGUACAUGCUCUACCCAUACUUCGUCGCGCUGUGGGGGACCCUUGGCGGAACGAUGUACAUGAUGGGUCGCAUGGUACUGGGACACAAGACGUGGUUUGGCAAGAAUUGA